AUUCCCUUCUCCAAACUGCCAAACUGGGGUGUUCUUUUUUUUUUCUUCUUCUUCUUCUUUCCCUUCUCCUUUGCUUGGUUUCCACGCUACCCCAUAAGUUGCCCUUGCCGGGAUGGGGUCUCCAGCAGUCUAAGGAAGGCAGGCAGGAGCCUGGGGAAUAGAGCUGGUGGGUUUCUUUCGUCCAGUUUCCUCUCUUCCCUUCCACCCUUUCCUUUCCUCCUCCUCCUCCUCCUCCUCCUGUUGCAAGCUGAAAUGAAACUGGCUAAGGGGUUGUUGGGAGGACCGAAGAGCUCAAUCUCUUGAGAAAGGGAAUUUAUUGAUUGAUUUUUUCCCCCCUUUCUUUCCGCUUCUUCUUCUCCCCACCGGAAAGGAUUUGCUAUGGGAUGCCAGCAAUCAAGAAACUUUUACCCUUCCGAUUUGCUAGCUUUGUUCGGACUUUUUUUUAUUUUUUAAAAAAAUCCUCUUCUACAGCCUCAAAAGUUUCUGGGGUUUUUUUUUGCACCACCUGGAUCUCUGUGUCUUGUCUGGAUCUCCAGACAAGAAGUCAGUACUUUAGAAGAGGAAAGAGAACUUCCUUCCAUUUUUCUGGGGUUUUUUUAAAAAAAAAGAUUGGGGAGAGACUUUUUUUUUUGGAUUGAAGCCAUCAAAUGCCUUUUUUCCCUUUUUCUCCAGCUAAGGGGAUAAGAAUUGCCCGGCCUGCCAACCCAGGAGGAAGGUUGCUGAACAGUUAUUAUUUUUUUGCAAAACCCCGAAGCUUAAGGAAAAAGAACAUCUCGCGCAGCGUGCCUGAUUUCAACCAGAUGGCAGGCUGGUAAAAAAAAAAAGAGGAGAGAGAGAGAGAAAAAAAAAAGCAGAGAAAGAAGAAAAGAAAGGGGGAAAAGAAAAAAGGAAGAAAGGAGGAGGGGAGGGGAGGGGGAGAAAAGCCCCCCCCUUCCGAGUUUUCCAAGAUGGGCACUGCCAUUUGUAGCAGAAGACAGAAAGGUUGUUUGCAGACGGCCUUUUGCUUCUUGGCGCUGGCCUGCCUGGGCUCUGGAGUUCUCCUCUACAACUAUCUCCAGCGGAAGGUGAAGGCUGCCGAAGGCUUAGCCUCCAAAUUCAAACAGCAACAGGAAGCCCUUUCCGCCCAGCUGCAAGUCGUUUAUGAACACCGAUCCCGGCUUGAACGUUCCCUGCAGAAGGAACGCAGCGAACACAAGAAAACAAAAGAAGAUUUUUUAGUAUACAAACUGGAGGCGCAGGAAGCACUCAAUAAGGAAAAGCAAGAUUCUAUGAACAGAUAUGGCUCCUUAAGUUCGCAACACAAGAUACUGAAGAACCAGCACGAAGAAGUCAAGAAGCAGUUUCUGGACCUGCAGCUGCAACACAAUGGGCUGAAACUGGAGCAUCGCAAGGCCAUGGAAACCCACAACCAGAGAUACUCCCAGCUGCAACGGGAGAAGGACAACGAGGUGGUGGGAUUACAAGAUACUGUUUUUAAACUAAGGGAGGAAAGCAAGCUACUUCGGAAAGCCCACCAGGACGUUCAUUCCCAGCUCCUCAAUGCUCAGGUUCAGAUGGAAGAGUUCCGGAAACUCAAGGAAACCCUUCAGAAGAUGCCGAGUUUUAAGGAUGCAGGAACAGCCAAAGAGCAGCAUUACGGCCAGCCACUGGGGUCGAGCGUCUUGCAGCUUGCUAGACCGAAGGCUUCCAAGGAUGAUGGAAUUAAAGCACCUCUGAGACCCCAGGACCAAGCUGUCGUUCCGGCUGGGAACUCUUUCGCCAUUCCACCCCCUGGGAUCAAACGUCAAGGAGAAGAGACCGUGAUGCAUGAAAACCGUAUUUCACACAACAAUAACAAUGGAAACGGAGCCCAGGGGGAUGGGCCGUUUGGUCAACUGGCCCCACCAAAGGAGGUUAAUUUGGCUUUUGCGGCUCAUCCGCCAGCUCGGCACAAAGACGCACCCAUGAUUCGUUACACCCGGAUGAUGAAUAGCGUGCAGAACCAGGAUCCAGAAGCAGGACAGAACAUGCAGGGGCAACAGGGCCAUCCAGAAGCAUUUGAACCCAGGCUUAAGCUCCCAGCCACUUUGGAGGAAGGACGGGGCUUGGAAGAAAAGCUCUCCAACAAGCAGGACCAACGGGUACAGAGCUGGCAAGAGAUGCUCAACAAAGGCAGCUUGCAGAUGAAUGACGGGAGAGCUCUUCCUUACCUGCAAAGGUAUCACCUGGAUCCUGUAUCUGAGCCAGGCAAGACAGAUGGCAGUCGAGCGCAGACGGAAACAGGGCGGCCGCGACACACCCUCUGGGGAGGUGAAAAAGCAGGAACAGAUGAGAGAGACCUGCACGCAGAUGCUGGCAUGACGAAGGAAGAAAGCCACACAUACCUACAGAAGGAAGCAAUUAUCCAGAAACAGAUGGGACUUAAAGAUGUGGCUGACCCAGCUCAGGAUCCCAACAAUCAAGGGGAAGAUGAAUUUGAGGAGGCAGAACUGGAACGACCCAGCUUUGAAGAAAAAACAGACCCGGCCGAACAAAUCCACCAGACAAAUCUGCCGGCUAUAGCCGUGAGCAAGGAAAAAAUACCAAAGGGAGCCGAUCGGUCAAAUAAAGUCACUGACAAUUUGAUGGACGAUUAUCAGGAGGACCAAGAACAGGAUCCUGAGGACCACGGAGGCGAGGUGGGUGACCCUGAAGAUCUGGAACAGUUCCACCGAGCCAAAGGCCCCGUCGGAGAUGCUGACAGGAAAGAGGACUACUUUUGACGAUGGGCUGGGAGGCGGCCCCAAGCCACCCGAGGCUGAUCCAAACCAAAGAUUACUGCAAUAAACUUGGGCUAUUUGAGUUGACGCUGCCAAGAGAGGGUGGAGAAGUUAGCCCCAUCCGUCAUCAGAAAGUCAUGCGAUGGCUUGACCAAUGGAGAUGCUCCAUUUCCCCACUUCCUGUUAGCGAGGGCAAGGAUUGACAGGCAGUGCCCAACCUGUCAGAAUGCUGCCGUGAAUACGAACAUCAGAAUGUCUCUUCAUGGGGAUAAGGAGCUCAAAAUAUCAAAAAAAAAAAAAUAAUAAUCAAGUUUUUUUUCCUCCCUUUGGAAGACUCCUACUCUCAUUUGGACCAAGGGCAAAGCCUGAUGUAACCCAGAAAUACUGUUCGUUCGGGCUACUUGAGUUUCCUUUGGCCCCGUUUCAGAUUUACCUGACUGCUGUUCAGCGCAACCUCGUCGUCACCUUUAUAUGUAUGUACAUAUAUAAAAAGAGAAUUCAUUUGGUAACAA